GACGCAUGCGCACUCCAUUAAAGUGCCUUUCUGGCGGCGGUGUGCGUUUUGUGGAGACUGCUGAGGCGAGGAAAAUGGUGAAGCUGACGGCGGAGCUCAUUGAGCAGGCGGCGCAGUAUACCAGCGCCGUGCGAGACCGCGAGCUCGACCUGCGCGGAUACAAGAUUCCUGUAAUUGAGAAUUUGGGUGCCACGUUGGACCAGUUUGAUACUAUUGAUUUCUCAGACAAUGAGAUCCGGAAAUUGGAUGGCUUCCCGCUGCUGAAGAGGUUGAAAACAUUGUUGAUGAAUAACAACAGAUUAAGCCGAAUAGGUGAAGGACUGGAACAGUCUUUGCCAAAUCUCACUGAACUCAUCCUUAUCAACAAUAACAUAAUGGAAUUGGGUGAUCUUGAUCCUUUGGCAACUAUCAAAUCUCUAACUUAUCUAAGUGUUUUGAGAAAUCCUGUAACAAAUAAGAAGCAUUAUAGGUUGUAUGUCAUCCACAAGGUUCCACAGGUCAGAGUGCUGGAUUUCCAAAAAGUGAAAUUAAAAGAGCGUCAGGAGGCAGAGAAAAUGUUCAAGGGCAAGCGGGGUGCACAGCUUGCAAAGGAUAUUGCCAGGAGAGCCAAAACUUUCAACCCAGGUGCUGGUUUGCCUACUGACAGAAAGAAGGCUGGCCCCUCCCCAGGAGACGUGGAGGCUAUAAAGAACGCCAUUGCAAAUGCCUCAACGCUGGCUGAAGUGGAAAGGCUUAAGGGCCUGUUGCAAGCUGGUCAAAUACCUGGCAGGGACCGUAAAGCUGGCCCUUCAGAUGAGGCUGAGGAAGAGAUGGAAGAAGAUACAGUUGCCAAUGGAUCUUAAUAUGCACUUUUUUACAUCUUGGAUGAUCUACAGUGUACGAUUGUUUGGCUGAGCUUUUGAGUUCUUUCCUGAAUAUAACUUUUUUGUUUAGUUUUGUUGAGAAGUACUAUGGAAAUAUGCCAAUUGUAGUUUGUAAAUUUUAUACUGUACAUUUGAAAUUAAAUAAAGCUGCCUUUUUUGAAAUGCA